AUCGUCGGCGGUGAGUAGAAGCCCAUGAAUUUAUGUUUGGUUUCCCUCACGACUCCCUAACUACCAAAGACCUCACAGUGCAGGACUAUCCUAAUGUUAUGAGAUGAUAAACGCGAUUAGCAACACCGCUGCUCUUUCUAAAUGGCUAAUAUGACGUCACCGAUUUCCUGAAGUAAAGACCUAAGAAAUGCGAACAUUUUACGAGGCGUAUUUGGAUCCACUGUGUUCUCAGGAUCACGAACACUUGGAUAGUUAGAAAAUGAAACAUCGUUCAAACGCAAUGCAUUGUGGUCUACAUUUGCCAAUCUAGUGAGCAUCGACGCUCGGUGCUUUUUUUCGCAGAGACUUCUGGGAAAUUUCUAUGGGACGUGAUUUUGUCAUUGUAGGUUCAGACAGAAAAACGGCUCACUAACUUAAGUAGUGAAGGAAUUCAGACACAAUGGCUGUUUCUUCAGAGAGCCUCAAACCCCACUGAGUCUAAUUCCUAUGGCUGCCAAUCAAAGUAUUGACAGCAGGAUGACUGCAGGGCCCUGACAUCAGGUACCAGUGGAAAACUAACCUGGAUGUGAUGGCCACAGGUCGCCAUGGGACGCUCCUCCAAAGACAAGCGGGACAUCUACUAUCGUCUGGCCAAAGAGGAAGGAUGGAGAGCCAGGAGUGCCUUCAAGCUGCUGCAGCUGGACCAGGAGUUCAACCUGUUCACAGGCGUCAGCAGAGCGGUGGAUCUGUGCGCGGCGCCCGGCAGCUGGAGUCAGGUUCUCAGCCGCAAACUCAGGGGGGACGAGGGGGCUAAGGAGGUGAAGAUUGUGGCGGUGGACCUGCAGGCCAUGGCUCCUUUACCAGGAGUCACCCAGAUUCAGGGAGACAUCACAAAGGUAUCCACAGCUCAGGAGAUCAUCCGUCAUUUUGAGGGCCAGGCGGCCGACCUGGUGGUGUGCGACGGAGCUCCCGAUGUAACAGGGCUGCAUGAUGUGGACGAGUAUAUCCAGGCUCAGCUUCUGCUUGCAGCUCUGAACAUCACCACCCAUGUCCUGAAACCAGGGGGGACAUUCGUAGCCAAGAUCUUUCGAGGGAAAGACGUGACUCUGCUGUAUUCCCAGCUGAAGAUCUUCUUCAGCCGUGUGACGUGUGCCAAACCCCGCAGCAGCAGAAACUCCAGCAUCGAGUCCUUCGUUGUGUGUCAGAGGUACUCCCCCCCUGCCUGUUACAUCCCCAACAUGUCCAACCCCCUCCUGGAUCACUGCUACGACGUGGAUUUUAACCAGCUGGACGGCUCAAACCGCUUUAUCGUUCCCUUUCUGGCCUGUGGUGACCUCAGUGCUUUUGACUCUGACAGGACGUACCCCCUACAGCUCGAUGCAGACACAGAGUAUCAUUACACCCCACCACCACAGCCUCCCAUUUGCCCUUCUUACCAGCAGGCCUGCCACCUCCGCAAAAACAACCUGCUGUCCAAAGAGGGCGCUGCCGGCAGCACCUGCAGCCAGGGUCAGAACAAGGGUCUUUAUCGGUUUUAAACGGAAGACGCUGGAGAAAAUGUGCCCCAGACUUUGCCUGGACAUAAGUAUGGACAAUGUUUUCAAAAUAAGUAAUAACCAUCAAACCCUGAAUGUUUGCUUCAGCAGAGCAUCGCCUCCACAAAGACACAGCACCUCCUGCAAUCUGGAAAAAGAAACAACUUCUUACCUUUUUGGAAAAAUGUCAUUUUACCUCCAAGGAAAUGUCCCUCUUUCUGCAACAUAGCAUACUGGAAAACUUUAAAAUUUUAUAUAAAGAUGUCUUUUUUGGGUUUUACAUUGUCUUACAAAAAAGGAGUUUUAUAAAACUUGCUAAAUGUCUUAUUCAGAAAUGCACAUUUUUUUCCAAAAAACCUCAGUUUAAUCAAAAAAUACACUGAAUCUAUCAAAUCUCUUCAGACCAUGGAGCUUACAAGACUCGUAAUAUUUUGGGGUUUGUUCAGCUUGUGGAUCUAUAAUUUCUUUUUGUUUUUAUUAUAAUUUUUCCAUAUUUUAUUUUUAUUACUCCUAAAAAAGUAGGCUUUUUUCAUCAUCUACAUAUCCUUCCAGUAUUAAUGUUUUCUUGUUGAUAAGUUAAUGUAUAUCUGAACAUUGGCGAUAAAAUAAAAAUUACUUCCGGAUUUGCCCCACA